CCGCCCAGCGCGACCCUGGUCCCCGUGCGGGAAGCAGCUGCAGCGGAGGAAGCGCAGCCGGCGCCCGCAGUCUCCAGGCCAGCCGCCCGCGACGGGGGAGGGGAAGGCCGCCGCCCGCGUUCUCAGGGCCCCGGAGGCCGGCGGAAGGGCCGCGCAUCGCGGAAGCUCCGCCGCAGCUGAGGAUCAGCUGCUGGAGGAGGCGGAGAAGGAGAGGGCGGAGCUUAGGGGGGAAGGAGAGGGAGGGGACCGUCAGGAAGCCGCGAACGCCACCGAGUGUCUGCACACCUCGCUCUGCCUGCCAUGGCUGGUUAAAGAACCAUCCGGAUCGCAGCGCGGGGGGAGGGCUGGGUGGGGGGAGAGCGGCGGCCGCGCGUGAGGCCGAGGGAGGGGCGGCGGCGCGAGCGGCGGCGGCGGCGGUUCCAGCAUGAAGAGGAGAGCUGGCCUGGGGGGCAGCAUGAGGUCAGUGGUGGGCUUCUUGUCCCAGCGGGGCUUGCAUGGGGACCCCCUGCUCACUCAGGACUUUCAGAGGAGACGCCUGCGGGGCUGCAGAAACCUCUACAAGAAGGACCUCCUCGGCCACUUCGGCUGUGUCAAUGCCAUUGAAUUCUCCAACAAUGGAGGCCAGUGGCUGGUCUCAGGAGGAGAUGACCGCCGGGUUCUGCUAUGGCACAUGGAACAAGCCAUCCACUCCAGGGUCAAGCCCAUACAGCUGAAAGGAGAGCACCAUUCCAACAUUUUUUGCCUGGCUUUCAACAGUGGGAACACCAAAGUAUUCUCUGGAGGAAAUGAUGAGCAAGUUAUCCUCCAUGAUGUUGAAAGCAGUGAGACCUUGGACGUGUUUGCUCAUGAAGAUGCAGUAUAUGGCUUGUCGGUAAGCCCAGUGAAUGACAACAUUUUUGCCAGUUCCUCAGAUGAUGGCCGGGUUCUUAUUUGGGACAUCCGGGAGUCUCCCCAUGGAGAGCCCUUCUGCCUGGCAAACUAUCCAUCAGCCUUUCAUAGUGUCAUGUUUAACCCUGUGGAGCCCAGGUUAUUGGCCACAGCCAAUUCAAAGGAAGGAGUGGGACUCUGGGAUAUUCGAAAACCUCAGAGUUCUCUCCUGCGCUAUGGUGGAAACCUAUCCCUACAAAGUGCCAUGAGUGUGCGAUUCAACAGCAAUGGGACUCAGCUCCUGGCCCUGAGGCGUCGCUUGCCCCCUGUCCUCUAUGACAUACACUCCCGCCUGCCUGUGUUCCAGUUUGACAAUCAGGGUUACUUCAACUCAUGCACAAUGAAAAGCUGCUGUUUCGCAGGAGAUCGUGACCAGUAUAUCCUUUCGGGCUCUGAUGACUUCAACCUGUACAUGUGGAGAAUUCCUGCAGAUCCAGAAGCAGGUGGCAUUGGUAGGGUGGUCAACGGAGCCUUCAUGGUGCUGAAAGGGCAUCGAUCUAUUGUUAACCAGGUCCGAUUUAAUCCCCAUACCUACAUGAUCUGCUCUUCUGGUGUAGAAAAGAUUAUCAAGAUCUGGAGCCCAUAUAAGCAGCCAGGAUGUACCGGAGACCUCGAUGGUCGAAUUGAGGAUGAUUCCCGCUGCCUCUAUACCCAUGAAGAGUACAUCAGUCUUGUACUGAACAGUGGGAGUGGCCUGUCACAUGACUAUGCCAACCAGUCGGUGCAGGAAGACCCCCGGAUGAUGGCCUUCUUUGACUCCCUGGUCCGCCGAGAGAUCGAGGGCUGGAGCUCUGACUCGGACAGUGACCUCAGUGAGAGUACUAUCCUUCAACUGCACGCGGGGGUCAGUGAGCGCUCUGGCUACACUGACUCAGAGUCCUCAGCCUCGCUGCCUCGCUCCCCGCCUCCCACAGUUGAUGAGUCGGCUGACAACGCCUUCCACCUGGGGCCCCUGCGGGUCACCACCACAAACACAGUGGCGUCAACUCCACCAACACCCACGUGUGAGGAUGCAGCCUCCCGCCAGCAGCGUUUGUCUGCUCUGCGGCGCUACCAGGACAAACGCCUCCUGGCCCUUUCCAAUGAAUCCGAUUCUGAAGAGAAUGCCUGUGAGGUCGAACUGGACACAGAUCUCUUUCCCCGGCCACGGUCACCCAGUCCUGAAGACGAAUCCAGCAGUUCCAGCAGCUCCAGCAGCUCAGAGGAUGAGGAGGAACUGAAUGAACGCCGAGCUUCUACCCGGCAGCGGAAUGCCAUGCGACGCCGACAGAAGACACCCCGAGAAGAAAGGCCCAGUGCCCCAGUCAAGCCCGCCAACACCUACAUUGGAGAAGACAACUAUGAUUACCCUCAGAUCAAAGUGGAUGACCUCUCCUCCUCCCCUACCUCCUCCCCUGAGCGGAGCACUUCCACGCUCGAGAUUCAGCCAAGCCGGGCGUCACCUACUUCUGACAUAGAAUCAGUUGAGCGAAAGAUUUAUAAAGCUUACAAGUGGCUCCGCUACUCCUACAUCUCCUACUCAAAUAAUAAAGAUGGAGAGACCUCCCUAGUGACAGGGGAGGCAGAGGAAGGGAGAGCAGGAACCAGCCUCAAAGACAACCCAGCCCCUUCUUCCAGCAAGGAAGCCUGUCUAAACACAGCAGUGGCCCAGAGGAACCAGGACUUGCCCCCUGAAGGCUGCAGCAAGGAUGUUUUUAAAGAAGGGACUUCUACUAGAAAUCCCAACAGUGUCCCAGGCCAUGAGCACAGUAGCCACCCCUGGGUAGAAGUGCCAGAGGGCACCUCUCAGGACACUAACAGUGGUGGGUCUGUAGAACACCCUUUUGAAACCAAGAAGCUCAAUGGAAAGGCCCUGAGCAGUCGGGCUGAGGAGCCACCUUCUCCUCCUGUCCCCAAGGCAUCUGGCUCCACUCUCAGCAGUGGGUCUGGCAACUGUCCCAGGACCCAGUCUGAUGACAGUGAGGAGAGGAACCUCGAAACCAUCUGUGCCAACCACAACAAUGGACGCUUACAUCCCCGCCCCUCUCACCCUCAUAACAAUGGGCAGAACUUUGGAGAGCUGGAGGCAGUGGCCUACUCUUCCCCAGGAAAUUCGGACACUGACCAUGACAACUUGUCCCUGACAGGGACACUCCUGCACAAAGAUUGUUGUGGGUCUGGAAUGGCCUGUGAGACCCCCAAUGCUGGAACAAGAGAGGACCCCACUGACCCCCCAGCCACAGACAGCAGCAGGGCUGUUCGUGGCCAUAGUGGCCUCAAAAGGCACCGAGUUGAAUUGGAAGAUACGGAUUCAGAGAAUUCCUCCUCAGAGAAGAAAUUAAAAACAUGAUAAAUAAAAAGGGAAAACAAAAAGCUACAAAAAGUAGCCUUACAAAAAAAAAUUCCUGUUUAGUGAACACAGAGGAAAGGAAAAACAAGUAUUAAAGGCACAUAAAACCAGGGCCUGAGAUGUUGUGUCUGAUGCUGCUCCCUUCUAUCCAACAUUCAUUGGUGGGUCUGAAUGUCUAGCUGGCCGUUGGCUUGUGCUGUGUUAAGAAAGGG